AUGUCCGCCUCUGCUCCAUCUGUCCUGUUCUCUGGAGCAACCCAGGGCAAGCCUAGCGCUGACACAGGACAGCGGUUGCCUGAGGGCCCACAGACUCCCUGGGAAUCAGUCAGGCACCCUGUGGCCUGCCUGCCCGCAGCACCUCGGGGGGCUCAGAGCGAGUGGGAUUGUCACACACAGGCACCAUCCAGGAUGUGUCCACCUACCCCCGGCUUUCCCUUGGGAAGACAGACCUCUCCUGUGUCCCUGCCGGGAGAAGGGGGAGGAAUCAAACGUGCCACACAGUGCAAUCUUCUCUCUGUUUUCUCCACAGUGGAGACUCCCAAGCCCUCCAUCUCCAGCAGUAAUUUAAACCCCAGGGAGGCCACGGAGACUGUGGUCUUAUCCUGUGAUCCUGACACUCCGAAUGCAAGCUACCUGUGGUGGAUAAAUGGUCAGAGCCUCCCUAUCAGUCCCAGGUUGCAGCUGUCCGAAAACAACAGGACCCUCAUUCUAUUUGGUGUCACACAGUAUACUGCAGGACCCUAUGAAUGUGAAAUGAAGAGCCCAGUGAGUUCCAGCCGCAGUGACCCAGUCAUCCUGAAUCCCAUCUCGGAGCUGCCCAAGCCCUACAUCACCAGCAACAACGUCAACCCCAUGGAGAAUGAGAAUGUUGUAGCCUUAACCUGUGAACCUAAGACUCAGGGCUACACCUACUUGUGGAGGGUAAAUGGUCAGAGCCUCCCGGUCAGUCCCAGGCUAAAGCAACCUGGUAAAAACAGGAUCCUCAUUCUACCCAAUGUCACAAGGAAUGACACAGGACCCUAUGAAUGUGAAAUACGGGACCAAGUUGGUAGCAUCCCCAGUGACCCAAUCACCCUGGAUGUCCUUUAUGGUCCACACGUCCCCAGCAUUUUGUCUCCAUUCACCUAUUACCAUACAGGAGAAAACCUCUACUUGACCUGCUUCGCGGACUCUAACCCACCAGCAGAGUAUUCUUGGACGAUUAAUGGGAAGUUUCUGCAAUCAGGACAAGAGCUCUCAAUCCCUAAAGUUACUGAAAAACAUAGCGGGCUCUAUGGUUGCUCUGCUCGUAACUCAGUCACUGACAGCGAACGUUCCAUAUUCAAGAGGAUCAAAGUCUCUCCUCCUUUAAGAAGAUCACAGCUAUCCUGGAAUAUUCCAAUAUAGCAACCGUGAUGUCAUUUCUGUAUUUCAGGAAGACUAACAGGUAUGAUGGCAUUUUCUCUUGUUCUGUUUUCUGCAGGGCUGACUGCCAUGCUUGGGAGAGGGAAAAGACUUAUUUCCCUGUAUCUGGGACUGGAUCUCCUCCUUCCUCCACCAAACUCCUGCUUCUCAGCACUAAUUCCUGCAGUUCCCUUUCUCCCUGGCC